UUCUUCCUAAUUGAUCCUAGGUCAGAAAUGGAUCAGAAAGUCCAUAGAGACCUGGGUAGAAGAAAAAUGUCCAUGGCUGGAGCACUGGAUUUGCUGAAGGAACUUAAGAAUAUUCCCAUGACCCUGGAAUUACUACAGUCCACAAGAAUUGGAAUGUCAGUAAAUGCUAUUCGCAAGCAGAGUACAGAUGAAGAAGUUACAUCUUUAGCAAAGUCUCUCAUCAAAUCCUGGAAAAAGUUAUUAGAUGGACCAUCAACUGAUAAAGAUCCUGAAGAAAAGAAAAAAGAUACUGCAAUUACAUCACAGAAUAGCCCUGAAGCAAGAGAAGAAAGUAGCUCCAGUGGCAGUGUAAGCAGCAGAAAGGAUGAGACGAAUGCUCGAGAUACUUACGUGUCAUCUUUUCCUCGGGCACCAAGCACUUCUGAUUCUGUACGGUUAAAGUGUAGGGAGAUGCUUGCCGCAGCUCUUCGAACAGGAGAUGACUACAUCGCUAUUGGAGCUGAUGAGGAAGAAUUAGGAUCUCAAAUUGAAGAAGCUAUAUAUCAAGAAAUAAGGAAUACAGACAUGAAAUACAAAAAUAGAGUACGAAGUAGAAUAUCAAAUCUUAAGGAUGCAAAGAAUCCAAAUUUAAGGAAAAAUGUACUGUGUGGGAAUAUUCCCCCUGACUUAUUUGCUAGAAUGACGGCAGAGGAAAUGGCUAGUGAUGAGCUCAAAGAGAUGCGGAAAAACUUGACCAAAGAAGCCAUCAGAGAGCAUCAGAUGGCCAAGACGGGAGGAACCCAGACUGACUUAUUCACUUGUGGCAAAUGUAAAAAGAAGAAUUGUACUUACACACAGGUACAAACUCGUAGUGCUGAUGAACCGAUGACAACAUUUGUUGUAUGCAAUGAAUGUGGAAAUCGAUGGAAGUUCUGUUGAAUCAGAAGUAUUGGCAAAACGUCUGGACCAUUGAGAAAAUGGAUUUUGUAACUAGCUUUAAAACUACGCCAAGGAACUAGUUUUUCUGCAAAUCAGAUUUUUAAAGAACAUGCAUCCCUUGGGUUAGUCUUUGUUUUUGACAUAGCGACCUUCCAUAAAUGCCUUCUGUAGUUUCAGAUCAGUAGGGAGACUACAUAAUAAUUGUAUGGUAUCUAUUCCAAUUUUUUUUUUCCAUUUUUAUAAGUAAUUGAUAUUAAACUUUUGGCAAUUUAUUUUUACCUUUUUUUCUUCUUGAAGGAAAAUUACCUUUUUUCAGUCUGAAACAAACACAGUAGAAGUGUUAUUCUUCUCAGUUAAUACAUAAAUGAAAAUUACAUUUUUUUCCUUAUUGGCCUGUACCUGCAAAUAUUAAAGGAGGAGAGAGGUAAUAUAAUUAUAAGUUUAUUAAAUGUGGUGUAUACUUGACCAGCUUAUCUAAAUUGUACAUAAUAUUUGAACUAGGAAAUGAAAUUGUUUUUAAUUAUUAUAUUCACAAGCCUGGGAUAAUUAGAUAUUAUUUUGCAUUUGUAACCCUCAUCAUCAUUUCUUGUAAUUUCUUGUACGUGUUUAUUACUUCUCCUUAAUAGAUUUUACUUUUGGAAACAUGACUUGACUUUGUUGGAAUCAA